GAACUGCCUCGAAUUUUGAUAUUUAUGCUUUUAAGAAUGAGCUGAAAGGAGAACGUGGGGACUCUGGUGCCAAGGGAGAAAAGGGAGAGCCUGGUGCUGGAUAUUAUGACCCACAUUUUGGAGGAUUGCAGGGCCCACCAGGACCUCCGGGUAGUCCUGGCCUGCCG